AUGGCCGGCUUUGGAGGUUUGGCGUGGACGGACGGAUCAGAGAAUGUUGAAACGGGUAGGUUAUCUGACGGCAGUACUUGCGAUCGAGUGCCACUGGACCAGGACUCAGUGCCCGCAGCUCAGCAGCAGCCGACAGAGCCGAUGAUCAAUACGGCAAAUACGCAACACUUGAACACGUUUGGUCUGCCUAGUGCACCUCUUUGGAACGACUUCGCUUCCCUCGAGUGCCACAAUCCAUUCGAGUAUGAGAACUUGACGCAACUCUUCUGGUUUCCCGAGGUAUUCGUUCCCGACGACGCAAUUUUCGGACAAGGUACGAUCCAGAGUUCUGUGAAUGGCGCACACGGGCCGCACGGCGCAGACAGCACAGUGGAUCCCUAUGCAGACUGGGUUCAUUCUCAUCCUUUGAAAAAGGGACCUACGGUGGAAGUGAUACGGAUCUGCGACUUCCUGCACGAUUCCCAGAGUUGGGCAAAAAUCAACACCCUCGAGGGCAGACCAGGCUUGAAACAGACUAUGGGCCCAGUGGUCGCUGACGGACUCCGCGACACGGUUUCUUCUCGGAUACAUGUCAUGGUGUCCAAGGCACUCGACCAAGACCUUGUAAGAAAGAUUCCACAUCUGUUUCCGCCGCUCCGGACAGUCCAGGCAAUAUUUUCAGAAUAUCAUCGGAAUCUCGCCUCACUCUAUCCGAUGGUGCAUCCAAGCACAUUCUUUGAAUCCACCUGGGGCGAAGAUGAAGCAUAUUCUGAUAUCGGCCUGUUCUUCUCGACACUAAUGUCCCUUGGGUGCCUCACUAUCCCUGUGCAGGAAGCUCGAUCAUUCGCGAUCCAGUUGGCCUUCCUAAUACGCAACAUGAUCAACGAGACAAUGACCAGGGAUGAGAAUCAGAUCAACGAUAUUUGGACCAUGAGUACCGCGCUAUUGGUCACCGUGUUCAGCGCCUGGUGUGGCAACAAACGACAUGCGGAGCUCGCAGAGGCAUUCCGGGGUACCUUUUCAACAGCAUUCCUUCGCCGAGGCUAUUUUAAGUCGGUUGCGCCCGUCGAUCCGCAAAAUGCUGAAUCCAACUUCGCCAAUUGGGGAGCCUGGAUCAACAGAGAGCGGAAAACUCGAAUGGGUUAUGUGUGGUAUAUUGUAGAACAAGAAAUUGGCCUCUUCCACUGUUUAUCUCCCACCAUCCACUUCUCGGACAUGCGCAGCCCCAUUCCUUCUGCAGAUGAGCUCUUCUUUGCAGAGACUGAAGAUGAAUGGAGGGCGUUGGUACAGAGCUACCGUCAGCUAGAAGGUCCAGGCGACCAGUCGCGACUGCACCCACCGUCCCUGGCGGCAUUCUACUGCAUGUUCCUUCGACACGACUUUCUCGAGCGGCAUUGCCACAUCACCGCCUUGCAGCUGAGGCUCUUGCUCUGUGCUAUCCAGACUCAAGUCACUCAAUUCGUCCAGAGUAAUCGCUUUGUCGUCACAGAACAACCCUAUACCGACGAACCACAUUUCGAAUCCAGCAGCUUUGCCUCUCUCCGGCAGGAAGAACUGCAAACCAUGCUGAUCAAGUGGUACAUUCUACGACAAAGAGUUCUCGGUGGUGGCGGCGAGACUGAAAUGACCCUUGCGUGCAAACUGAUUUACCAUUUGGUAUGGCUCGAGCUGCUCAUAUGUUUCAGUGACAUCCAGCUUCUCGCUGGCCGAGAAGGCCCACCGGGAGCCAGGCCACUCGUACCACAAUUCCAACGAUGGGUCCGGUCCUCCUCCGCUCUCAAGGCGUUGGCGCACGUAGGGCAGGUCCUGAAAGUCUUGCAGUGUUCCGAUUACGUUAUUCUGCGACCUCUGUGGUGGCCGAUUGCUUUGUUUCGUGUCUCUUUGAUCAUGUGGGCUUACAGCUUUGGAUGUAAGCUCCAGCCAGGGCGCACGCAACAAGCCUACGACCUCGACUUUGGUGCUGCUCCUCGCAUACCACUGAACGAUGCCGAGCAAGACUUGGGGCCACAUGGAAAAGUGUUACGGCAAGGAGAAGGCGUUCCUUGUGUGCUUGACACCACGGGAUUGUUGAUCCCCAUUGCCGAAUCGUAUGACGCCCUCAAACUGUGCCUGGAUCUGCUCGAGGAAGGGAGACUCCAGAGUACGCCUAUAUGCGAGGAUGUAUACAGAUUCUUGCAGGCUAUCAGACAGUACGACUUUUCGAGCACCAAAUCGUGA